AUGACGACGACGGGGACGUCUAAGCCCGUGGGCGAUGAGGAAGCAGAGGCAGUGCGUCCGAAGCUGAAGCCGCAGGUGGUCCGCAUUGAGGUGCUGGGCGACGAGAAGGUGGGCAAAACGUCGCUCAUCUGCUCGCUCGUGUCUCGCCACUUCAGCGAGAAGGUGCCGAGCGUGUUGCUCAACGUGCAGAUCCCGGCCGAAGAGAGCGACGAGAACGUGGUCAUCUCGAUCACCGACACGUCGUCUCGCGUGUCGGACUUGAUACGCGUGACGAACGCGACGAAGCGCAGUGACGCCAUUCUGCUAGUGUACGACUUGACGAGACCCGAGACGUUCCAGCGGCUACGACGGUGGCUGAAUUUCAUUGCGAAGAACAAGGAGAUCCCAGUCGUGCUGGUUGCUAACAAAGUGGACAUCAACGCGGUUACCUCCACGAAAGAUGGAACCUAUGCGAGCCAAGUCCAGCACCUGGUCAACACGUACCCGUUUGUGGUGUCUGAAGUGGAGUGCUCGGCCAAGAACUUCACGCAAGUCGCACAAGCCUUCUUUUUGGCACAGAAGGCGGUGAUAUAUCCGGUUGCACCUCUUUACAAUGAAAAGAAGCGCCAAUUGCAGCCCAAGUGUCUUAAGGCGAUCAAGCGGAUAUUCCGUCUGUAUAACCGCGACCGAAGCGGGAUUCUGAGUCGAGAGGAGCUGAAUGAGUACCAGUAUGACUGUUUUGGUGUGCGUCUUGUUUCUUCGGAGAUCGAUACAUUGAUGGAAUACCUUUUGUCCGAAGUACCGUCCGGAGUCGCACCCGAUCGUAGUGGACUGCUUGUAGACGGCUUUAUCUACCUGUGGUGGCUAUUUAUUGACCGCAACCGGCCGGAAUCAGGCUGGCAGGUGUUGCGAAGUUUAGGAUACAACAACGAGCUGCACCUUGAGAUCCCUCCUGAGCGUCUGCAGCUACCUUUGUAUGAAGAGGACCAGUCUGCGCAGCUUACUCCUGCAGCUGUCGAGUUCCUGACGAACCUGUUUCGUCAAUUUGAUGUGAACAAGGACAACAACAUUGCGGAGAGUGAGGUUGAAGCUAUUUUCUCAAUUUGCGAGGAUGAGAGUGCGCCAUGGACAACUUGCUCGGCCAUUUCGUCGCCGCUACUUUUUGAGCAAACCGUGGUAGAUGGCAAGCCUAUGCUUUCGCUUGCAGCGUGGCUGGCUUGCUGGAGCUUUGUGGCUCAGAAGAACCCGCAGAAGCUUCUUGAAACGUUGUUUUACCUAGGGUACAACGACAAACUUUUCCCAGCCAUCGAUUUUAUCCGAAAACGCAGUACGACGCGCAAUGCGGCAAGAAUCGAACGUAACGUGAUUUCAUGCUACAUAUUCGGCUCGCCGAGCUCUGGAAAGGAUCACUUUGUUCGCACGUUCGCUGGACGCAACGAAGCACCUUGUGCCGAUGACGAGCAAUCCAUUCUUCGGGGCAUUGGGGCUGUUCCAGACCGAGACACGACGAAGUUUUUGUUUAUCACUGAAGCGUUGUCAGACGAUGAGAUUGAGACAAAAGCAGAUGUUUUGCUGCUGGUAUUGAACCCCGAAGACGAGCCGAGCAAAGUGUUUGUGGAGGAGCUGGACAAGAAGCUGCCUGGAUCAAUUCCGCGUGUGGUUAUCAGCUACAAGCCGAAGGUUCGCAAAACGGACGUGGAGGAUAGCAAGAAAGGCGCCGAUGAAAGCCAUGCGUUGAUACCAGAUGAGCCAGCCGAUUUUGCAAUCGACGCAACGUUGAAGCAGUACUCGACGGCCCUCGAGUGUUACGAACCACACUGUGUGAAGGGCGAGGUCGCUCGUGUCCUUGUGGCUACUGCCUUGCGACCACCAAACAACGCGCGUUCCAAGUCUUCCGGGAUCUGGUUGUCCGGUCGGAAGACGGUCUUGAGUACACUCGGAUUGGCUGCCGUCGUGGCAGUUGCUUUUGUUGCAAAGCCUGAAGAGAGCAAGGCUAUCGUGAAGAACGUGGUCUCGAAACUGCGGCGUUGA